AUGGCCGGGAAUAUCGAAGUUGAAGAAGACGAUCGUGUGCCGCUAAGAUUACGACCGAAGUGGUCAGAUGUUACUCCGAUCCCACAAGACGAUGGCCCUAGCCCCGUCGUACCGAUCAACUACUCCGAAGAGUUUUCAGAAGUUAUGGAUUACUUUCGUGCUGUUUACUUCGCCAAAGAGCUUUCGCCGCGCGCUCUUUCUCUCACCGCCGAAGCUAUCGGUUUAAACGCCGGAAACUACACGGUGUGGCAUUUCCGGCGGUUAUUACUUGAGUCACUGAAAGUUGACCUACAUGUUGAACGGGAAUUCGUGGAGCGUGUUGCCAGUGGAAAUUCAAAAAAUUAUCAGAUUUGGCAUCAUAGACGAUGGGUUGCUGAGAAAUUAGGACCUGAAGCUAGAAACAGUGAACUUGAGUUCACCAAAAAGAUUCUGUCUGUCGACGCCAAACACUAUCAUGCAUGGUCUCAUAGGCAGUGGGUUCUUCAAAAUCUAGGAGGAUGGGAAGAUGAACUCAAUUAUUGUAGUGAACUUCUUGCAGAAGACAUAUUUAACAAUUCUGCUUGGAAUCAGAGAUAUUUUGUCAUAACAAGGUCUCCCUUCUUGGGAGGGCUAAAAGCCAUGAGAGAGUCUGAAGUGCUUUACACCGUUGAAGCCAUUAUUUCUUACCCUGAAAAUGAAAGCUCGUGGAGAUAUCUUCGAGGACUUUUCAAAGAUGAGUUCACAUUAUAUGUAAACGAUGCCCAAGUAUCUUCAGUAUGUUUAAAGAUUUUGAAAACUAAGAGCAACUAUUUGUUUGCUCUUAGUACUCUGCUGGAUCUUAUCUGCCUCGGUUAUCAACCAAAUAAAGAUUUCAGAGAUGCCAUUGAGGCUUUAAAGACUUCAGAUUUUGAUAAACAAGAUUCAGAUAUAGCAAGAACUGUUUGUUCUAUUUUAGAACAAGUUGAUCCAAUUAGAGUCAACUAUUGGGUCUGGCGCAAGAGUAGACUUCCUCAGGCAGCUUAA